UUCCAGCCUCUCGAAGUGUCGCCGUGUUCGCGCGGGUGGUCGCUGGUGAUCGCGCUCCUUCUGCUCCUUUUCCUGAGCUGCAGCAGGUGUUUCCCCGCCCCCUCCGGGGGGGCUCGGAGAGCCGCAGCCGCGCGGCCCAGGAUGAGCACCAUGUUCGCGGACACCCUCCUCAUCGUUUUCAUCUCCGUGUGCACGGCGCUGCUGGCCGAGGGUAUAACUUGGGUACUGGUUUAUAGGACGGACAAGUAUAAGAGAUUAAAAGCUGAAGUGGAAAAGCAGAGCAAAAAAUUGGAAAAGAAGAAGGAGACAAUAACAGAAUCAGCUGGUCGUCAGCAAAAGAAGAAAAUAGAGAGGCAGGAGGAGAAGCUGAAGAACAACAAUAGGGAUCUGUCAAUGGUUCGAAUGAAAUCGAUGUUUGCAAUUGGCUUUUGUUUUACUGCCCUAAUGGGAAUGUUCAACUCCAUAUUUGAUGGCAGGGUGGUAGCAAAGCUUCCCUUCACUCCUCUUUCCUACAUCCAAGGACUAUCUCAUCGAAAUCUGUUGGGGGAAGAUUAUACAGACUGUUCCUUCAUCUUCCUCUAUAUCCUCUGUACCAUGUCUAUUAGACAGAACAUUCAGAAGAUGCUUGGCCUUGCUCCUUCUCGGGCUGCCACCAAACAAGCCGGGGGUUUUCUGGGUCCCCCAAAUCCAGCUGGAAAAUUCUCCUGAGACCAAAACCAAAGGCCUUUUCAUUCCUUUCCUCCUUACUCAGACACUCAAACCAAACUGCUCCUAUUUCAUUUUGAGCAGCAGACACUAUUAGCCGCAAGGGCCAUUUCCCAGCUUUCUGAGCUAGUCUCAGGCCUCUGAACAUGAUUGGAAUGAGGACAACAUUCAACAGACAAGAUUAAUGAUUGUAUUUGUCUGUCAGAGUUGAAAAUUUUAAAAUAAUAUGUGUUGGUUAGAUAAGUUUUAAGUGGUAUUUGUGUGGUUGAGAAACAAGGACUUUUUUCCUGUUAUGCGUGUCAUAUUCUAAGAAUAUUUUUGGUGUGACUCAGCUCAUAGUUCUGAUAGGUGUUAUCUGCCAUGGAAAAGGGCUAGUAAUGAAGUCAUAGGGGAGGUGAACUAAACUUAGAGGUAAACACCCUCAAAGAGAGAAUUUGGGUUAUGAAAUUUUUUUUCACAGCUAAAAUGUAAGGUGAUUCCUGACCUGAAGGAGACCUACUUUGUGCACUUCAUGCAUAAGAUAGUCUUAUAAUCUUAAUAAAUACACCUUGU